AUGAAUCGUGGUUUAUUAGUGAUAUUUGUUGUUAGUUGUCUUUUCGCUCAAAUGGUACUAAGUUAUAAUGCAUACCGCGGCAAUGGUGAUGAGUAUGCAAAAUCUCUUUUGAGAGCGCUCAUGGAAGAUGAGAGUGCUGAAGACUUCGCCGAAUUUGAUGGUCGUGGCUCGAGCGGAUGUGUAUCAUGUGGCUGGCUCCAUCUUAGCUGUUGUUCACCGAACUUUUGUCAAAAGCAUACAUUUAGAAACAAGUGUGUCCAGGUGAAAGGAAACUAGUUAGAUGGCAGCGUACUAUUUAUGCACUUUUGCAACUACUAUCAGUCGCGCUUUUAGUGUUAUUUUGAGUACUCAAAAUUUUCCUGUGUUUGUGUAUCAUGCACCAUUUAUUCCUCAUAGUUAGAGAGAUACUUCCUUGUAAAAUAAAACAAGUUAUAAUUAGUUAUUGUUGAUAUAUAAACUCUGUGGCACAGAGUAAUUGAAACCUUCUAACUAUCCUUGAUCGUCAAAUUUCCGCAUUGGUUACUUUGCAAUUUUCCAGUUUAAAGAAGCUUUUGUUUCAGUACGACUUCAUCUUUUCAAGACAUGUGUUAUGACAAGCUCGAUUACCCCUGCGAAUUGUUUGAUAGUAAUUUCGAGACAUUAAAGAAUUCACUUGAAUCUG